ACCCACACUCAGCUACACCCACAUCCAUAUUCAACAUGCCACAAGAACUGCAACUUACAAAACAUUAUCAUGGUUAAUAUGUUUGAUACUUUUCAUAGUACUGGUUUGUAAUGUUUCGCAUUCGAAUAGUAAACUACUAAAAGUUCAGUUAAUAUUGAAUCAGAGAGAGAAAAUAUUUAAAACAAUUAUUCAAAAUGAAACAUAUACCAAAUUUUUUGAUGAUAUACGUAUACUUAAUGAAAAAAAUGAAAUGUAUGUGAAUUAUCAUUAUGGAACUCUUAUAAAAUUCAUUAGAAAUGAAUUUAUUUAUCUCCAAAUAGAAAACAAAGAAGCAAAUGAAUUAUCACAAAAAUGUACUGAUUUAAAUAUAUUAAUUGCAGCAAUGCCUUUAGUGUUAGAUUUGUCCUGGUGGACGAACACAAUAACGAUUUUCUGCGCAAUACUAACCAAAUAUUUUGCUACAUAUAAUAGUUUUGUUUCUAUGGAUUACAUGAUGGUAAUACAUAUUUGUUUAGGCAUUUGUUUGUUAUUAAUUGAUAUGCACACUUUUUUGGUCAGACUUUUUUCUCAUAGAAGAAACUAAUUUUGAUAAAAUAAAAUAAAUCAGUUUUGAUAUUAAACAAGCUAAAAAAAUUAAUCUUUUAAGAAAUAAUAAAGAUAAUCUUCAAUGAUUAGGUUGCAAGUGUAAUUUGUACAAAAGAAGAUGUUUUAGCUGCUUAGUAACUUUUGGAUAAAUUAUUGCAUUUAGAUAAAACUGAUGCAUCUAGUAGUGAAAAUGUAUUUAAAUUAUUACUUAAUGCUAAAACAGAUUAUUGA